UACUACAUAGAAUAUUUAAAUUUGCUACGCUCCUUUUUUCGGAUGAAUAUUACAUUUUUAUUCAAACCUUUAACAAGAUUAAAUGAUCAGAAUGCUGAAUUUAAUUGUCCUGUAAUUGAAGUUAUUGAUCCUUCAAUCAAAGAAAUUACGAUCAAAUUUGCCAUUCCAGUGAAGUUACCUACUGCGAAUGAACUAAAUGGUGAUAAAUAUAACCCAGAUCUAUUACGACAAACGUUUUCGGGAGAUUCUAAACUAUGUACCAUUGGAAGUGAUAACUACACAGUGCAUAUUCCAAUUUUUGAAAGCACAUUUAACCAACAAAAUUCUACCUAUUAUAUGUUUGUUGAAAAUAAUUUUGCCAUCUCCCAAGAGAGAGAUGAACCUUUAUUGAGAAAAUUUGGACGUUGUCAACAACUGAUGUAUUAUACAUAUUUUUUUUGUUACAAAAUAACUUAA